ACGUGAAUAUGCAAGAUUGCUGCGACUGAGAGAGUGGACUGUAAUGUGAUUGUGCCAGAGGAUGUCGUCAAAUGUACGGAAAGUUAGAGACCAUGAUAUCAAUCCAUGUAUUGAGGAAAGUGAUGGUUCUAGGAAAUGUUUAGAUGCCAAUAACUACAAUAAAGAUAUGUGUUCAGCAUAUUUCAUAAGGUACAAAAACUGCAGGAAGUUUUGGCAUGACAUAAUGGUGCAGCGGAGACGAGAUGGAAUCAAGCCAGACAUGCCUACUGCGCAGGAGAGACAGCAGAUCCUGGAAGCCCUGGGAAGAAAACCGUACUGAUGCAUACCGUGCCUGAUGCAGUCGAUACGCAUCAGUAUGUUUGCUUUUGCACUAUGGACUCAUGUUGUCUGUAUUGUUUUGAGAGGGAGAAUCACAGAACUCGUGUGUUUGGGAGGGGUCAGGGGGUAGCGUUACUAGAUGUAGUAAAAGAUGAUACAGUAGAUGAACAUGCAGUUGUUCUGCCUCAGCACUCAGUCACGUAAUUGAAGUCAUGAUCCGAAUAUGAAUUCAACUCAUCUGAUGUUCCAGAUAUGGACUAGCCUCAAUCAGCUUAAAGCUGCCGAAUUCUAGUUCUCCCAGACUGGAAUUUAUUGCCUUCCCUGUUUUAUUUUAAAAAAUGUAUCUAAUAACUUUGGAGGGCUUAUGGAAGUUGUGCAAAUAUUGAGUAUGAAUGUACAUUUAUUUUAAUACAGCUUUGUACAGAUCUAGCACAUUUGUUCCUGUGAGGCCUCAGUGUACAUAGCCUGUCUUUUAAACCAUAGGACAGCACAGGAUUCAACCAUUCAUUGAUCAGUCAGUUAGUCAUUGUUAGUGAUUUAAAUAGGGUGGGAAAACUGCAGAAUUACAGCCUUGAGAAAACAGAGGUGAGUAGCUCUGACAGAGUAACACCAUUUUCCAAGGCUGGCACAUACACUGAAAAAGAAAUAUCAGACAUGCAGUACUGGCAAAGUAAUCUCUUUCUUUUAGAACUCU